CAGAUUCCACGUAGUAGUGAGGAAGCGGUGACGAGAGGCGGUUCAUGCACACGCAUCCGUCAUACAGACCCUAUGAACACGGACGCAGCGGCGAGCUGCGUGUAGAUCUUAAUCUCCAAGGAUACUCGAAAAAUAGUAAGGGUCGGGAACAAUGUCAUUAGUAAGAAAAUUAGCUGGCGCCAUACGUUCUCGUGUAUCCAAGAGAAGCCCGCUGGGGGAGUUCAUAUGUUUCUGCGCGUCUUCCUCUUCAUCGUCGAAGUGGCAAUGUGUAGGACCCGUCGAAGGGCAGCGCGUUGGAGGCUCUCUGUAGAUUUACAGUCGUUGUGAGUAGAUAUAGCUAUACGUACUGUGGACGUAGCAGAGUGAGAAAACGGUGCGAGACACAGAGCCAGACAGUGGCAUAGACACGCUUCGUAGAGCACCGGAGCUGGGGUCUUUUAUGUUUACCCCCGAGCUGUUUUUCCUCUCUGUUCUCUCUAUGUUCUGUCUGUCUUUCGUUUAACGCCGAAAUACCAAGUGACCGGCGCUAAGCACGUUAUACAAGCAUGCAGGUGAAAAAGCAGAGAUGUUCGGAUGGGCGCACCGAAGACGGCCAGCGGGAUGACAACCAGAAAAAGUCUUCAUGCUUCUCAAAUAUUAAGAUAUUCUUAGUAUCGGAAUGUGCCCUGAUGUUGGCUCAGGGGACUGUUGGAGCCUACCUGGUGAGCGUCCUGACCACGCUGGAGCGGCGCUUCAACCUGCAGAGCGCGGACGUGGGCGUGAUCGCCAGCAGCUUCGAGAUCGGGAACCUGGCCCUCAUCCUGUUCGUCAGCUACUUCGGGGCCAAGGCCCACCGGCCGCGCCUGAUUGGCUGCGGCGGCAUCGUCAUGGCGCUGGGCGCGCUGCUCUCCGCCCUGCCGGAGUUCCUGGCCCACCAGUACGAGUUCGAGGCCGGGGAGACGUGGCGGGCAGAGGAGGGGCGCGACGUGUGCUCCAACAGCUCCCGGACUGACGGGCGGGACCCGGGCUUCCUGUGCGGGAACCGGGCCAACACCAACAUGAUGUACCUGCUGCUGAUCGGGGCCCAGGUGCUGCUGGGGAUCGGGGCCACGCCCGUCCAGCCCCUGGGGGUAUCCUACAUCGACGAUCAUGUGCGGAGGAAAGACUCUUCUCUUUACAUAGGUAUCCUGUUCUCCACCCUGGUGUUUGGUCCUGCCUGUGGCUUCAUCCUGGGCUCUCUCUGCACUAAAAUCUAUGUGGAUGCAGCCUUCAUCGACACCAGUAAGCUGGACCUGACCCCGGACGACCCGCGCUGGAUCGGCGCCUGGUGGGGGGGCUUCCUCCUGUGUGGGGCCCUGCUCUUCUUCUCCGCCCUCUUCAUGUUCGGCUUCCCGCAGUCCCUGACCAACCUGGACGAAGAGGACGCCGGGCCCGAGAGCGAGCAGGCCAUGCUGCCCCCCGACCCCCUGGACCAGGACUACGAGGGCGCCAAGCCCAGCAACGGGGUCCUGCCCCACCUCGAGCCCGAAAACGGCCUGUCCUGCUGCCAGCAGCUUCGAGUGAUCCCCAAAGUGACCAAACACCUUCUCUCAAACCCGGUGUUCACCUGUAUAACCCUGGCGGCCUGUAUGGAGAUCGCUGUGGUUGCCGGCUUUGCUGCGUUCCUGGGGAAGUACUUGGAGCAGCAGUUCAACCUCACCACCUCCUCAGCCAAUCAGCUACUGGGCAUGACGGCCAUCCCGUGCGCAUGUCUGGGGAUAUUCCUGGGGGGCCUGCUGGUGAAGAAGCUCAACCUUUCGGCCCUGGGGGCCGUGCGCAUGGCCAUGCUGGUCAACCUGGUUUCCACAGCCUGCUACGUCUCCUUCCUGUUUCUGGGCUGUGACACGGGGCCUGUUGCCGGGGUGACCGUCGCCUACAACAACGAGACCCUGAGGGUGGGGCAGAAGCCGGUGGCCGCCUGCAUGAGCCACUGUAACUGCCUCACCGCUUCUGUCAGUCCCGUUUGUGGCUCGGAUGGAGUCACCUACCUGUCUGCCUGCUUCGCCGGCUGCACUCGAGCGAAUCUGACGGGGUGCGCCUGCAUCCCCGGGGACGGGGACGCCAAGGCUAUCCCGGGGAAGUGCCCGAGCCCGGGCUGCCAGAGGGCCUUCCUCAUCUUCCUCUGCGUCAUCUGCGCCUGCAGCAUGAUCGGAGCCAUGGCCCAGACGCCGUCCGUCAUCAUCCUCAUCAGGACCGUGACUCCGGAGCUGAAGUCCUACGCGCUCGGAGUUCUGUUCCUGCUGCUGCGACUUCUCGGUUUCAUCCCCCCUCCCUUGAUCUUUGGCGCGGGGAUCGACUCGACCUGCCUGUUCUGGAGCACGGUGUGCGGGGACAGGGGGGCCUGCAUGCUCUACGACAACGUGGCCUACCGCCACCUGUACGUCAGCAUCGCCAUCGUCCUGAAGGCCGUGGCCUUCCUGCUGUACGCCACCACCUGGCAGUGCCUGCGCAAGAACUACAAGAAGUACAUCAAGAACCACGAGGGAUACCUGACCCCCACCGAACUCUUCGCCUCCAACCUCACGCUGGACAACGUGGGCAAGGAGCUCGGCCAGAACCCGGCUAACAGGACAAAAUUUAUAUACAGCCUGGAGGAUCACGAGUGGUGCGAGAACAUGGAGUCUGUUUUAUAGUGGAAACACUGACGGGACUACCUGCUGUAUGCACACACGCGCGCACAUACCCACACGCAUACACGCGCACACACACACACGCGUACGCACGUGCUCACACACGCACGCACACGCAGACACACACACACGCACACGCACACACAUGCUCAUGCUCGCACGCGCUCGCACACACACACAAACGCGCACGCACACACACACACACAUGCUCAUGCACGCACGCGCGCGCACACACGCACGCGAACACACACACUAACGCACACAUACGCACGCCCAUGCACACACAUAUACAUAUAUAGCGAGUGUGAGUAAAUUAUAAAAAAUUCUCUUGAAGGAUCUUCGUGUUUCUUUGUUCUUUUUUUAAAGGAUGUAACUUUUUUUGAUGUCCUGUUCAGGCCCUAGAAGACUGUUAAUGUGUCUUGAUCCAAAUCCAAGGAGAUUUUAUUAGGGUCCAUUUAGUUUUUUUCUUUUUGUUAUUUUAAACAUCGAAUACUGUAUCUGCGAGGAUGGUGAGCAGGGUCAGUGGUUUUUUUGCUGUGUCUGACAGCAGCUAUUGGUUAUCUUUGUCCCACCCCAGUGGGAUUGGUUCCGUUGAAUCACAUAAGGUUGAUUCAGCUGUUGAUCUGUUCCCUCUUAUUUAAACAGUUGCUUUGUUAUUUAAACAGUUUGUCUGAUACCAUUAAAGCUGCCAAGAAAUGUCAAAAUAGAUUUUUUAAAAAUUAUUAUUUAUGCUGUUUCAUUUUUUCUUUGUGUGUUUGCAUACGGAUGGCUUUUUAUGUACAGUACUAGAAUAUGGAUUCUGACCGAAUAUCAGCCUAUUUCUGAAAAGAGUUAUAUCAGCAGAUAUUGCACAGGAAGUGUCUUGGGAAGUUGGUUCUUUCUACUGUUUUUGAAUGUACUGUCAGUAUCAUAUUUUUCAGUCAUUUCAAAUGUAAUAAUGUCAUAACCAUUUCUAUAUUUUCAGCAUAUGUUUAAAGUGUUCAUACAGUGCAGUCCAUAAGUAUUUGGACAGUGACACAAUCUUUGUUGUUUUGGCACUAUGCUCCAGCACGUUGGAUUUGAAAAGAAACAAUGGAUAUGAUGUUAAAGUGCGGACUCUCAAGAUAUUUACAUCCAUAUUGGAUGAUCUGUGUAGGAAUUUCAGCUGUUUACACACACAGUUCCUCUAUUUUCAGGGACAAAAUAUAAUUGUACAAAUCAACAUGUUUCAGUACUUGCUUGAAAUCCUUUGUAUUCAGUGACUACCUGAAGUCUGUGACCCAUAGACAUCACCAGACCAGCUGAUGCUCUGGUAAUCCCAGGUGAUGCCCUGUCAGGACUGUACUGCAGCCAUCUUCAGAUCUUGUUUGAUUUUGGGGCUUUUUUUUUUACUUCAGUCUUGUCUUCAGCAGUGAAACGCAUGUUCAUUUGGAUACGGGUCGGGUGAUUGACUUGGCCUGUCAAGAACCAUCACAGUCACAUCAUCAGUAAUGACAAGUGAGCCAGUUCCAGUACCAGCCUUACAUGCCCAAGCCAUAACACUACCUCCACCAUGUUUCACAGUUGAGGGUUUGGAUCAUGAGCAGGUCAUUUCUUUCUCCAUACUUUCCCCUUUCUGUCACUUGGAUACAUGUUAAUACUCAUCUAAUUUGCCCGUAAGAUCGUCCCAGAACUCUACAGUUUUUAAUGUACUUAUUAGCGAACCGUGACCUGGCUGUUCUGUACUUGAGGCUUACCAGUGGUUUGCAUUUUGCGGUGAACCCUCUGUGAUUAGGCUGGUGUAGUUUUACGGUAGUCUUCGAUACAUCUAUGCCUACAUCCUGGAAAGUGUUCUUGAUUUAUUUGACAGUUGAAAAGGGAAAAGUUUUUCUUCACAAUGAAAGUAUUCUUUGGUCAUCCACUACAGUGGUCUUCCAUGGUCUAGUAGGUUGUCUGGUAUUGCUGAGCUCACCAGAGCAUUCUUGCUUCUUAACAAUGUACAAAACAGUUUAUUUUGAUACACCCAAUAUUUUGACUAUAUCUCUAAUGAACUUGUUCAGAUUGUUCAGGCUCACGAUGGCCUGCAUUACUGGCAUUAACACAUCUUUGGUCCUCAGGUUGAGAGACACCAGCAGCAGAAUACAGAUGCGAAUGCCACUCCUAGAAUGAUUUUUAGACUUUUUGUGAGCUCUCGUGUGCAUGACGUAAUGAUGUGACGAAGCACCGCUGGCUGUCCAAAGCGAAGCAGCUGAGCACCCAAUUGUUCAAUUCAUUUAGGUGCCCUAAAAUUUAUAGAAGGGGCUGUAAUUUUUACAUGGUUCACCCGAUAUGGAUGGCAGUACCCUUGAACUUGAGCGUCUGCCCUUUAUCCGCAUAUUCACCAUUUCAAAUCCAAUGUGCUUCUGAGUACAGAGUCAAAACAACAAAAAACGUGUCACUGCCCCAAUGCUUAAGGACUGACUAUACUGUAUAUUUUAUUUCUUCAUCACAUGGACAUGGCUUUGAGUAUUUUAUACACUUUAAAGACCUUUCUUUUUCUUUCUUUAAGGGUGCAGUAAAGCUUUGAGAAAUAUUGCGGUUCUUUUUUGUUAAUUUUGUUCACAUGCUUUAUUAAUCCCUUACAUGUCUUAAUUUUGUUUUUUGUUUUAUUCAUGGGAAUAGGAUAUUUAUAUACCUUGCAAUUUAUUUCUACUUUGGCACCAGAGAGUGAAAAACAGACAUUGCUCAGAGCUGUUCCAGUUUACGUCAAUGAAGUGGCCGAUAGGGAAGAAAUAUGUCAGAAAAUUAUUUUUUUCAGUAAUUCCUCAAGCAAAAUAAUGCAGAAUGAAAUGUAUAUAUAUUUUUUUAUUCAUCAGCUUAAGAAAAAUGUUUUAAGAAAACGUUCUACUCUUGGAUAAUAAUGUAUGGCAGUAAUACUAAAUAAACUAUAUAAUGCAUAAAUUGUAACGGACAUCACGUAGAAUACAGAACCAUAAAAUCCGCUAUCUUUCAUAGGAAAAAACGAGGGGCACUUUUCAAUGGCUGAGAAGAUUAAAGUGUUGCUCUUAAACAAUGAAUAAAGACAGAUUAUCACUUAAAAGCCUGCAGAAUCUGCAUGUCAGGAACCUAAAAAGAAGCAAAGAGUGUUGUUUUACAGAGGUUAUUAUUUUACACAAGGUUCAUUCAUGAAUAUCAGAGUUAGGCUCGGUAAUGCGCUGUGUCGGAUUGAGAGAGGUGUGUCUUCAGUAAACUCUGUGUCCUUGUUCUCAUACUUUUUGUAUCGCAAAAGACAGACAUUUAUACUACUCUGCAAAUAAAUUAUUUUUCAGAAAAUCCA